GUAUUACUAACAAUAGAAACACCAGCAAAGCGAGGAAUACGUACAAAGAUGUUUGGGGUAAUACUAUUCUCAGCUUUAACCUCUUUGGCGUUAAGCAAUCCAAUUACUAAUUCCUACCUGCCCCCGUUAAGUGCAAAUCAACCCGCAGGAAUUUUUGCAGCUAAACAAGCUGAUUUUUCAGCUCAAAGCAGCCCUUCGUCAGGACCCACCAAGUUUAUUCCUAUUUUAAAGUUUGCCAAUGAUAAUGAAGGAGAAGGAACUUAUAGCUACAAUUACGAAUCCGCUAACACGAUUACUGCACAAGAGCAGGGUGAUGUUAGAGGAGAUGGUACCAAAGCUCAUGGUUCCUAUUCUUUUAUCCUUCCAAACGGUGAACACGUCUCGGUUACCUACACAGCUGAUCAAAAUGGCUUUGUUGCUGAGGGAUCUCAUAUUCCUACCCCACCACCAGUUCCUGAAGCUAUCUUGAGGGCUUUAGAAGAAAACGCCGCUGCUGAAGCUAGAGGUAUUUUUGAUGAUGGACAGUAUCAUGGUGAAGGCUUGGAAGAGUCACAGUAUAGAGAUGAAACAGGUGGACAUCAACAACAAAGUGUUGAUAGCGUCAGUAUUGUAAGCGCCAAGAUUCAGAAUGGUAAUGAGGGAUAUAGAUACUAAGACUAUGAUAACAGAUGUUUAUAUAUUUUCUAAUAUUGUAUAUGAUUUAGUUAAUUAAAUAUAAAUAUAUUGAUAUAUCUGAAUAAAGUUUUAAACAUA